CAGAGCUAAUCUAGCAGGGGAGCUACUGCUGAAAGAGUAGGUCUGAACCUCCAGCACUUACUCCUGAUAGUGCCUUCUUGUUUUUUUCUCUGUCUGCCAGAAGUGAUACUCCUCUGACUCACCGGGGAGCUAUUUCUGCUGAAGUAGCAGAAAAGAUCUUUGCUUCUCUCUGAGUGGAACAUUUGGUCUCUUCUGAGAAACUUGCAGCUUCUGGGCGAUCAGGACAUUGAAUUUGGUGGACAGUUGCCAUUUGUUCCCUGGGACUGUACCUGCCCUUGCUCUCCUCAUCACCUCCCACACUCCCUUCCCUCUGAUAAAACUCCAGGGCAUUGCAGUAUUGCUAUGGAGUCCAGGGAGACUUUGGGCAGAUCCUGGCAAAGGGGAGGUGUAGCAGACUUUCUGCCAAUUGCUGUGGUCUCUGUGAAGCCUCCACUUACCGCCAGCUGUGUGGAGGAGAUGAUGCUGCCUGUGGCGGGCUCGGGGAAAGGGAUUCUGGUGAGCAGUGAGAGGCUGGAGCCCAAGGAAGAGGAUGGUUCUGGGCAAGAUAUGGAUUCCACUUCCAAUGCAGACAGUGAGAAAUGGGUGGCAGGAGAUGGCCUAGAGGAGCAGGAAUUUUCCAUCAAGGAAGCUAACUUCACAGAGGGGAGUUUAAAACUAAAGAUCCAGACCACUAAAAGAGCUAAGAAGCCCCCAAAGAACUUGGAGAACUACAUUUGCCCUCCUGAGAUCAGAAUCACCAUCAAGCAAUCUGGGAAGCAGAAGCUUUCCAGAGCUGGGAAAAAUAGCAAAACAGCUAAAGAGGAGGACAGAUCCCACUCAAGAAAGAAGAAACCAGCCACUGAGCCAGAUAUACCAUAAAAAGUGGAGAAUACACCCCGCAAGUAUGGGCUGCUGGAGUACCAGGACGAUCAUGAAGCAAGAAAAGGACUAGAGACUCUAAUAGAAAAAUUUGUCAAAUACUUUAGGAUAAAAAUGGACUAACAACCAUUCCGGAACAGAAAAGUAGUCACUGGCUUUCCCCAAGUAGGCUGUUAAAACAUCAGGCUGUGCUUUUAGAACAAGAGCAUGUAGAAUUGAAAGUAACUAACCUUUUGAACCCAGCAGUGGUUUUUGAUAAGCGAUGCAGAAGUGGGAGAGCUGAUUCACAACUGUUUACAGACUAUUGAGCAGGUGUAUUCCAGUCAUACUGACCUGCAAGAUACAUCCCUGAAGGAUGUGGACUACAAACUGUUUCUGGGCAGCAGCAGCUUUAUGAAAAUGGAAACCAGAAAGCAGGAUAUGCUGUGGUAACCAAACAUAAGAUAAUAGAGGCUAAAACCCUGCAUUCCUUCCCCACCCCCACCCCCCAACACAACAGCACCGAAAACCAAGCUGAUGGUGCUACUGAGACUUCUGGAAUUGUCAGAAAGUCAAAAUUUGCUUUUAAGGCACAUCAAUU